AUGCAAGUGGUUGCUAACAAUGGCAAUGCAGUCCUUAUGCCUGAAGUUAAAGCCAUCGAAAGUGAAGUUUCCGAUGCCCAAAAAGCCAGGCUUAAGGUACUCUGCCUGCGCGAUCACUUGGCAAAGGUCCACGAAGUAGAAGCCGGUGGUCGUUGUUCUUCAUUGCUGAAGGAGGCAAAGAUAAGUAACAGCCUUGUCAUUAAAGCAGCCACAAGGGACUUGGAACAGAGGCAAAAAGAUUUGGUUGCAGCACAAGAACAGAUUAGACAGGCAGAAAGGUGUGUGGAGGCAUUCAAACUUGAUAGCCUCAAAAUUCUUAGUGACGUCUUGAAGUCUUCGUUUGAAGAGAGUUUUCCGCCAAGAAACUUAGAUGAGCAUUUAUAUCCUGAAAAAUUCUUAUUGUCGGUAAGUGCUCGUUUUAUGAGGUAUAGUCACAUAAUUCCCUCAAACUAUAUAGGCUCGUCCCUCUAA